AUGACGCUGUUUCGAACGGCUCAGACUCUGGCCAGCAUUGGCAAGUUCACGGCAGCUGAGGAAGAGAGGGGCCUGGAGGACGUCAGGAUGGGCACACUGCUCCUGGCCCUCGCACUCAGCCUGGGCUGCAUCAAAGGGACCCAAAUGGCAGACCAGGAUUCCAAUCAUAACUCCAUUUACUUGACAUCCAACAACGCAAAAAUGAUCAGCGAGAACGGACCACUACGAAUUUACCUGCGGCGGGUCGACUCCUUGUACAACGGCGAUCUCAACGUCACCUUCUACAUCAAGUGGACGUCCUUUGUGGUGGGACCCCCAGGGGGUGACUGGGGAAAUAACUACUUCAUGGUGAACAUGAAUCAGGUAGGAUUGGUGACUAUUUUCUUCAUCAACGUGAGUGAAGAUGGACGCGUGACAUCCGUGCUGCUGGCUGUAGGUGAAGGCAGCACCCCAGAUCUGACCCCAACCCUCUACUCCUCUUACAAAGAAAGGGUGCGUAAGCUGCGCUUGCCACUCAAAAACAUCAUCAAAGUCACGGAGACGGACACCUGUCCCCACAAGACUUAG